AUGUCUCUGCCCGACUUUACGAACGACGACGUGCUCGCCAAGCUCGAGGAGUUCCUCGGUACCAAGUCGUACCUUGACGGCCACGAGCCGUCGCAGGUCGACGUUGCUGCCUUUGAGGAGAUCAAGGAGCCCCCUCACCCCAGCUUCUACCCCAACAUUAAGCGCUGGUGGGAGCACAUCCAGUCGUUUGCUGAGGGCCACAAGGACCUCCCCGGCGACAAGACCAAGGCCGCUGAGGUGCUUGCCUUCACCUCGCCCAACGCCGCUGACGACGACGAUGUCGACCUGUUCGGCUCGGACGAGGAGGUCGACGAGGAGGCUGAGCGCGUCAAGGCUGAGCGUGUGAAGGAGUACGAGGCCCGCAAGGCCAACAAGCCCAAGCCCGUCCAGAAGUCGGUCGUCACCUUUGAGGUCAAGCCCUGGGACGACGAGACCGACAUGAAGGCCAUGGAGGAGGCCGUGCGCGCCGUCGAGAUGGACGGUCUCGUGUGGGGUGCCUCGAAGCUCGUCCCCAUCGGCUAUGGUGUGAACAAGCUCCAGAUCACCCUUGUCGUCGAGGACGACAAGGUGUCGAUGGACGAGCUCCAGGAGCAGGUCCAGGAGCUCGAGGACUACGUCCAGUCCACCGACAUUGCUGCCAUGCAGAAGCUCUAA